UUUUUCAUUUUUUCAGGAGGAAACUCUCUCUAUCUCAAAUUCUCAAUCUCAAUCUCAGUCUCAAUUUCCGCUAAUGUAAAACAGUCCUUUUGGCUGCAUCAACCUUAGAUCAUGUCUGAAAUGACAAACCUUGAAUCCUAUCCUCCUCUCUUCCGCAACCUCAACGGCCACUCCCAUAUCUCCGACGACCAUAAUCAGACCGUCGGAGAUUCCCUAGAUUCAGACCCUUUGCCCCUCAUAGAUCUUCAAUUACCUGACUCAGACAAACUUGGGGCGGCCUGUAAGAAUUGGGGUAUCUUUCGUUUGGUCAACCAUGGGAUUCCUCCCACUCUCACAACCCAACUCCAAGACUCGGCCAAAAGGUUGUUUUCUCUCCCAUUUGAAUCCAAACAAGCCCUUUUCAAUGGUCCUGUGUCUUACUUUUGGGGUACCCCUGCCCUAACCACAUCCGGCACUGCCCUUAGAGGCGCCCUAAACAUCAACUGGUUAGAAGGAUUGAGCGUUUUCCACAGUCAACUCUCGCAAGUUGGAUUCCAGGAUCCCAUGAUUAACGCUUUCAGGCUUUUGUUGGAGGAAUAUGGAAGGCAUCAAGUGAGGAUUGCUAAGAUCCUGUAUGGAGCAAUGUCAAAGAAUCUAAAUCUUGAUUCGAAACAAUCUCAGAUUUUCUCAGAACCAAUUGGAUACCACCGAAUUUACCGGUACCCAGUUAGCCCCAAUCCUAAUGAAUUAAGUGGGAUGGAGGAACACACAGACAGCUCCGUUUUAACCAUAUUGCACCAGGACCAAAUUGGGGGACUUGAAUUCUUCAGGGACAACAAAUGGCUCCCUGUUAAACAUGUUCCAAACACUCUGAUUGUCAAUAUUGGCGACAUGAUGCAGGCAGCAAGCGAUGAUGAGUACAUCAGUGUGAAACACAGGGUGAGGGCAAACAAGGACGAGGAGAGAUUCUCAAUUUGCUAUUUUGAAUUCCCGGCAGAUGGUGCUGUGAUCCAUAGCUCAAAGUACAGGCCUUUUACUUACCCUGAAUUCUCAGCACAAGUGCAGGAGGACAUCAAGACUGUUGGAUAUAAAGUUGGGCUUCCAAGGUUCAAGCUUCAUCCCAAUUCUUGAGCAUUUAUGACCUCAUGUUCCCACACACUGUUAUUAUGCAAAUGAAGUACUCUGUUAUUCUCUUUUCUCAAUAAAAAAUAUAUAUAUUU